AGAACUAUUGUUCGGAAAAGUUUAAGUCAUGUGACAAUACAGUACUAGCAUUACCCGCCAUUUUCAAAUGUCUAUCAUGUGCUAUUAUAAGUAUACGAAAGGCUAGAGUCAUCCAUAUGAACCCGGAUAGAAGAAGGAUGAGAAAGUACACGGAAGUUAUGCAAUGGUUUUGUUAAUAACAUACCAAAAGAAUGCUGUGAGAAGGUAACUGUUAUAUAUAAUAAAGUAAAUAUUAUCUAAGUGAUAAACAAGUACAAAUGGAAGAAAAGACGAAAGACGAUUUAAUGAAAUUAAAAAUUAAGAUUAAAAAAUGGGAAUCGAAUUUUUACCGACAGAAUAAGCGGAAACCUGAUAAAAAUGACGUGAAAAAUGCAUCUGAGGAAAUUCAAGAGUGGUACGAAACAUACUGGCAUCUCCGAAAUAAUAGUCACAGAAAUAAAAUUUGCUUAGCUGAAGACAAUGAAGUAUUUAGUUCAAGUUUCAAUAAAUCUAGCAAAAGUGAAAAUAAGUCAAUAUUAAGUAACGUUUCUUCAACCUUAAGCACUUAUAGUCAUAAAUUACAACAAUAUGCCAAAAAACAGGAUGAAUUUCUAAAGAUGAAUUUACAUUUAAAACCAGAUAACAAUAUAAAUAACUCCGAAGAAAAUGUUAAUUUAUUAAGUUCUGACUUAAAAGCUGAAAAUGACAAAAAUGUAGAUAAUAAUACUAUAAGUGAAGAACUGAUUGAAAAAGACAACAAUUACUUAAAUGUAAAUAAUAUGCAAUUAUCAAACUUUAAAAUAUAUAAGUACAAACGUCCAAUUAAUGCCUGGUCAUUAAAAAAUUCUAAUAAAAUACAAAAUAAAUUUCUUCAUUAUCAAAAAAAUAAAAUAGAUAUUGAAUGGUUAGAGAGGUGUUUGGUAGAAGAAAAAAAUGAAAAAGAAAACCAUUUUCAAGAUUUAGACAGAACUAUAAAAACAAAUGAAAAUCAAGUAACUCAUCAUUUUGAAGAGCUUUCAUCAAACAAUAAUAGAAUGCAAGUUGAUUCAUGUGAAAAUGUUUUUGAAAAUAGAUCAAAUAAAAAAGAAAUUGCUUUAGAUAGUGAUAAUAGUGAAUGUCAAAAUAAUGAUAAUCAAUAUUGUUCUGGAAAUGAUCAUCAAUCACCUCUUAUUGAUUCUUUAAAUAGAGAAGAAAUUAAAGAAACAAACAAUAAUCUACAGAAUAAUAAAACUGAAACAGAAAAUAUUAAGUUUUCUCAUCUGAAAAGAAAAUUAUCAACAGGUACAAUUAAUGAAAAUUAUAUUAAAAUCAAUAUUAAAAAGAAGAAAUUUGUCAGAGGAUAUAAACAUUUUUCAAUUAAACAGUAUAAAAAAGUAAAAUGGAAAAAUAUUAAAAAGCAAAAAGAAGGAAACUAUUCUGUAUCUUCAUCAACAUGUUUUAAUUGCAAUAGAAAAGGCCAUUGGUCAAGAAAUUGUCCAGAAAGAAAAGAUACAUUUCUUGAAGAAAUGACCUUAAGUGGUGAUUUACCUCUUCCCACACUACAAGAAGCAAAAGACUUAGCUCAAGGGUUUAAAACAUCUACAUCAAUAACUCGGAUUAUGCCUAAAGAAACAACAUUGAUACAGAUUGAAUCUAUAUUGAAUAAAACUGACACUGAUAGUACUGAAUUAAAUAAUCUAUUAAUGCCUCAACAGACUGUUAGUCCUGUUUUUAAUCUUCUCAACGGAAAAGUCAUAAAGACUCCCAAUUAUACAUUCCUUGAAGAAAUGACCUUAAGUGGUGAUUUACCUCUUCCCACACUACAAGAAGCAAAAGACUUAGCUCAAGGGUUUAAAACAUCUACAUCAAUAACUCGGAUUAUGCCUAAAGAAACAACAUUGAUACAGAUUGAAUCUAUAUUGAAUAAAACUGACACUGAUAGUACUGAAUUAAAUAAUCUAUUAAUGCCUCAACAGACUGUUAGUCCUGUUUUUAAUCUUCUCAACGGAAAAGUCAUAAAGACUCCCAAUUGUGUUUUUCAAGCAUUGCAUAAAAUGGGACAUUCCAUUUUCCGAUCUGGUCAAGAAGAAGCAAUAAUGAGAAUAUUAAGUGGUCUAUCUUCUUUGAUAAUAUCAUCCACUGGUUCAGGAAAAUCAUUAUGUUAUCAAUUACCAGCUUACAUAUAUGCACAGCAUUUCAAAUGCUUCACAUUAGUGAUUUCACCUUUAGUAUCAUUAAUGGAGGAUCAGAUUAAAAGAUUACCACAGUGUAUAAAAGCAGUGUGUGUUCAUAGUGGAAUGAAUGUAGUACAACGGCAGGAAGCUUUUGAAGCAAUUAUAAAUGGAGAAGCUCAGAUAUUAUUGUUAUCCUCUGAAGCUAUUGUUGGAUAUGAAAACUCCAAUAAUUUCUUACCUUCAAAUCUUCCGCCAAUUGCUUUUGCUUGCAUUGAUGAAGCUCAUUGUUUGUCAGAAUGGUCUCAUAACUUUCGACCUUCUUAUCUUCAGUUACGAAAAGUUUUAACAAAGAAACUUGGAGUAAAAUGCCUCUUAGCUUUGACUGCAACAGCAACUAAAUACACAGCAGUAGAUAUAGCUCAACAUCUAGAAAUUGAUAUCAAAAAAGGAAUUAUAGGGGAAACUACAUUACCAGAAAAUUUAUUUCUGUCUGUCUCUUGUCCUAAGUAUCGUGAUGAGGCAAUAAUUGAAUUACUAAAAGAUGAAAAUUUUGUAAAAUGUAAUUCAAUUAUCAUUUAUUGUACUAGAAGAGAGGAUACAGAAAGAUUGGCUUCUUUCAUACGUACGCAAAUGCAAUAUGUUGAAAUAUGUCCAGAAAAAGUAGUAGAAAAAAAUGGAAAAAGGAAAAAGAGAAUUUUGAACUGGAAUGCAGGAGCAUAUCAUGCAGGUUUAACUAUGGCUCAAAGAAAAACUAUUCAAAAUUCUUUCAUGUCUGGUAAGGCAAAUGAUAUGAAUGAACUUCAACGUCAUAUUUAUGCAAAUAGUAUAGACAGACAUGUAAUCCGGAGAUUUUUGGCAAAGUUAUUUAAUCACACAAAAGUUUGCCCAUCAAAAAAUAUAUCUCAGAAUACAACAGAAUAUGAAACUCAUCCCUGUCUUGGUCAUGAAAUUGCUAUUCCCAUAGAACCUAUUGUUCAAGAUUUAGAUAUUAAAGAAGAAAAUCUUUUAACACUUUUAUGUUAUAUAGAAAUAAAUUAUCCAGACAUUCUAGAAGUUCUAUGUCCAAUACAUGCAUACUGUUCAAUUAACUGUUACAAGGGCUAUAAACAACUUGUUAUGGCAGCAAAAAAAUGUGCUCCAUUAGCUGCAGCAUUGGCAUUAAAUCAAAUUGAUAUUAACAAAGACAAAUUAAAUCAAGUUAAAUUUUCUGUAAUAGAAAUUGCUGCUGAAAUGGAUUGGGAUUCCAAACUCAUAAUAAAAGCAUUAAAAAAAUUAGAAUGGGAUAAUGAAAAUUCAGAAAAGAAUAAUAAAAAGACUGGAAUAAUAGUGAAAUUUUCUGAUUUGUCCUUCCAUAUAAGAAUAAAAUGUAAUUUAAAUGAAAGUAAAAAGGAUGAACUAUUGGAAUUUUUAUAUAAUAAAGUCAUAGAACAAGAAAGAUAUGAAUUAAAUAAAUUACAAAAACUUCACUCUUUGUUUAACAGUGUGUCUUUUCCAACUAUAACAUUUAAUUCAGAACAGAGUACUGAAUUAAAAACUCAUUUAUGCAAGUAUUUUAAAUCUGAAACAAAGAUGGAAAUUGAUUCAUUAAAUAAAGGCAACAAUAUUCAAAUGGAAUCUGAAACGUUGGAUGAAAUUCGGAACACCAUCAGCAAUCUUGUCUGCACUUAUCAAGAUCAGAACUUUACCGGAAGAGCAGUAGCACGAAUAUUACACGGAAUAGGAAGUCCACGUUUUCCUUCAGAAAUAUGGAGUAGAGUGCACAAAUUUUGGAGAUGCUAUCUUAAUGUUGAUUUUAAUUAUUUAAUUCAGAUUGCAAAUCAAGAAAUAUUAAGAUUAAGAUGAUUUUAUAUAAUAAAAAUUUUACCUAUAUAUAAUUUAUGAAAAUUUUAAUAAAUAAACCCAAGAGACGACCUUCUAGAAGUAUCAAAUUCUUUUUAAUUUUUGAUUUCUCAAAAAUAAUUAGUGCUCAUUGUUAGAAUGUUUUUAAGAAUUAGCAUCAAGAUUAUAAAAACACAAUUACACAUUUUACAGCUGUGAACAACAAAUGAAGAUACGUCGUAUAAAUAUGCCUAAUACGCAUUUGGAUAUUUUAUAUCUGAAGACACUUCAAUUUGAUUUUAUUCAAACAAUUGAGAUGGGGGAAAACUUAUUGCGAAGUGUGAAGUACACUGACAGAUCUGGCAGCCAUGUUGAAGAUGUCAACAGUGUGCAACCAGUAAAUGCAAUUUUAAUUUUAUUAUGCAGUAUUUAUGUAUUUUAUUUAUUGUUUUCAUGUGUUAAUUUGUUCUUAGGGCAUUUAAUUGUGUGAUUUUUACCUUAAAUUAUGUAUAUUUACUGUUUUAAGAUUAUCGAAAUGGGUUAUUGCUCAGGAUCUACUAAUGGAUUAAUUCAAUUUCCAUUACUUCUAAUGGGGAAAAUUGAUUCGGAGUUUGAAUGUCCUCCUGGAAUAAAUUGAAUUGGAAACACUACGAGUAAUCAGGCAAUGAAAAUUUCCGAGCCAAUUAGUACUGGAACCAGUGUCCCCCUAAACUGCAGAUGCUUUUGUUUUCUAAGAUAUGUAUUUAUUCUGUUAAUAUAAAUAAAAAAUUCUAAUAUAAAAUAAAAAUAUUUAUUCUUAACACAGCCUUUACAUGUAAAGAAUCUGUAUGUAUUAUAUAU